AUGACCCUCGAGAAAGUAUCUUCCAACCGAGUCUCCACAGGCUACUUGACGAAAUACAAAUUCCCUUCCACCUCUCUUGGGGGCCUUUCCACCCAAUUCAACAUCUUCCUUCCUUCCUCGGCAUCAGCCAGCUCCCCUGUGCCUGUACUGUUCUACCUGGCCGGUCUUACAUGUAAUGAAGAUACCGGUGCUCAGAAGGGGGGACUGCUAAAUACAGCUGGUAAAGAAGGUAUAGCGGUGGUUUUCCCCGAUACGUCACCAAGAGGGGCGGGGGUCGAGGGGGAAGAUGAUGAUUGGCAAUUGGGAACUGGAGCCGGUUUCUACCUCAAUGCGACCGCUGAGAAGUGGAAGAAACAUUAUAAUAUGUAUGAUCUGGUUGUGAAGGAGCUUCCUGAGGUGAUCAAGGAGGCCAACCUCGGUGUGGACUUCUCGAGAUGGUCGAUCACUGGUCACUCGAUGGGAGGUCACGGUGCACUAUCGAUCUACCUCAAGAAUCCAGGUUUAUUCAAGUCUGCCUCUGCAUUCGCUCCAGCAUGUAAUCCCUCACGUACCCCUUGGGGAAUUAACGCAUUCACAAACUACCUCGAUGCCAAAACUCGUUCUUCCCCACCUAGUGAAUGGUUACCAUACGAUUCCACCCACCUCUUACAGAACUAUCAGGGUGAACCGAACAUCUUGAUUGAUGUUGGUACAGAAGAUGAUUUCCUAAAGAAGGGUCAAUUGGAACCUCAAGCUAUAUCGGAUUUGAAUAAGAAGGGAGUAGAAGUCAGGAUGCAAAAUGGGUUCGAUCAUUCUUAUUACUUUAUCUCGACCUUCGCUCCUGAGCAUGUUGAAUACCAUGCUAAAUUCCUCAAAGCGUGA